AUGACCAUGCUAAUGCAACGCUACAGAGCAAUCGAAUGAGUGAUGCGUGCACACCCUAAUAUAGAUUUAUAGAGUGCGAGAGUACCAUCUAAGCGAUUAUCAUACCGUAACGAUCCAGUUACUACUCCUCUUCAUCCUCGUCACUGGCAUUCUCGCGCUCAUCUUCGUCGACAUCAAGCUCGUCACCUGCAGUGCCCUCCGCAACUACCGGUUUAGGUAACGGCGCUUCCAACUUACCUCGUUCCGGUUUUAACCAUGCUCUCUCCUCUGCCAUGUAUUGGGCACUGCUUCUGUUCCCGGCGAGUCGACGCGAGACAGUCAUGUGGUCAACAACCACUGGCUUCCCAGUUUCUGCUCGAUACUUCUCCUGAACUUCUCGACAGAUUGCACGGAGGCUUUUUUGAUGGCAAUCUCUUGCUCUUGCUUAGCAAGUUGUUUAUUAGCUCUUAUAAUGUGGACGUAGUACAUUCUCGAAGCGCAGAGGCCACAGCUGCUUGCAUGGCGAGCCGGUUGCUCAUUCUAUCCGCUUCCACUGCUCUUAUCAUUCCAUCAAUCGAGCGCAUAGGUGUUGCGUGGACGAACAUCAUCGCGGCUGUCCUUGCGGUCAUUGGACAAGGGAUCAUUUUCUUGACAAUUCGUUAUGGUGAUCGUAUGAGGGCCAGCAUAGAUGUUGGUUUCUCGACCAUGGAGAACAACUGACGGAUUCAUCUUUGUUUAUCUGAAGGGAGGCAUUAUGUGUUAUAAUCAAUCUAUGUGGAACAAUAUACUCGUCACGAUUGCCAAUAGGCUGGUCCUUCAUAACGGCUCAGAGCUACCUUGUGCGAAGU